AUGAGGUCUUCUUCGAAGCGGGAAAUCAACAUUUAUAAGGAACGCACCCUGUGCGAACAAGAACCAGGCUCUCUGCUGCAGGUCCCAAUGGCUCAUGGCUCUUUUUUCCUCCCGAAGCUCGAUGCUUCCCAGAACCUAGGUCGCAUCUACGACUUCAUUCUAGAUAGCAAGAGCACACGCGUCGCAUAUUCUUUCGCUGCAGAAGAGAGUGACGAGUGCACCGACAUCACCCAGACUGAGUUGGUGCGCGCGGCAUGUCGUGCAGCUCACAUACUCCGUCCUGCGAAACAGGGGGCGGACAAGCAGAUUGUUGCCAUCCUCGCACUUUCAGAUGUCCUGAUCUACCAGGCGGUUAUCAUCGGAUGCAUUCGCAGCGGUCUCAUCGUGAGUUUAUCGAUCAGAUACUGAAAUUGAUUACAAGUACUGCACAGCCAUUCCCCAUUUCUCAUCGCAACUCGCCAGCUGCCAUCGUGCACUUGAUCAAAGCGACUGGCGCUCAUCGUAUCCUCACGACUCAUGCAUCCUACGGUCAUGUCAUUGAAACCCUUUGCGCCGACAUUGCCGCCCAAGAUCCCACGUACGAGCUUUCCGUCGAGGAAAUGCCCAGCUUGGGUGCCCUCUUCCCACGGCUUGGACGCGAGUGCCAAGAAGAUGCAUUUACUCCCUACCCCACCCUGACGUCCCCGAGCACGGACACUGCGCUCAUCCUGCACUCCAGCGGGAGCACUGGCUUCCCCAAGCCGAUUCCUCUGUCACAUAGAGCUCUCAUCGAGACCGUCUCUUUCGGAUCACUCAAGUCCCUAACAGAUGAAGCUUCACGCAUCGCGGUCGGCCACCUGCCGCCAUUCCACACCAUGGGAAACCUCUUACAGCACCUUCUUCCCGUCCUAAUUGGCGCUACGGCGUGCAUUUUCCCACCCGCAUCGUCUGCAACGGAGUAUAGAAUCCCACCGGCUGCGACAUCCGAUUUGGCUCUUCGCGAGUCCCAGCGGGCGCAUGCGACUUGUAUCAUGACCGUCCCAUCCUUCGUCCUGGAGUGGGCUCGCAACGCAGAAGACGUCCAGUAUCUCAAGACUCUGGACCUUGUGGCGUUUGCUGGCGGACCGCUAUCACUCAAAGUCGGUGAUGCUCUGAUUGCCCAGGGGGUCAAUGCGGUCAAUAUCUACGGUUCCACAGAGGGUAAACAUUCCGCUUGCACAUCCAGCCUCUUGUCUGAACACGUCGAAGGUGGUGUUGCCUCUGUCGUCGGGGAGCGAUGUUCACCGGACUGGUCAUGGUUCAAGUUCCCGGAAUCGAGGGUGAACAUCCGCUGGGUCCCGCAGGGAGAUGGAUCGUACGAGAUGCAGUUUUUGACUGUCGACACACACCACCCAGCGCUCGAGAACCUGCCAGACGUCCGAGGGUACGCGACCAGUGACCUAUUUGAGCGUCAUCCCACGCGAGCCGACCUCUUCCGUAUCAUUGGUCGUGCCGACGAUGUGAUCAUCAUGGCCAACGGUGAGAAAGCCGUCCCUGGCCCCAUGGAGGAUAUAAUCACCGCGAACCGCAAUGUCUCCGGGGCUGUCAUGUUUGGGCGAGAGCGGAACCAAGUCGGUGUCAUCGUUGAGCCGAGCAUGAGCUGUCGCGUGGAUGUUAAGGACGAAGUGGAGCUUGCAAGGUUCCGGAAUUUGAUCUGGGACUCGGUCCAAGAAGCCAACGAGCAGGCACCUGCGUUCGCCAGAAUCUACAAAGAAAUGAUUAUCGUCACAGGUUCUGAGAGGCCGAUGAUCCGAGCGGCGAAGGGCACUAUCAUCAAGAAACCCACGGUGCUUAUGUACCAGCCGGAUAUAGAUGCUUUAUAUGACGCAGUCGAAGCGAGUUCCAGUGCGGCGGCCGAUAUCUCCCCACCAACGUCCUGGACCACGGAAUCGCUCAUUCCCUGGCUCCGAAUGCAAGCCACGGCGCUCUCAGACAAAGAAAUCGACGUCGGCACAGAUCUGUUCGACCAGGGCUUCGAUAGUCUGAACGCAACGUUCUUGCGCCACCGCAUCGUCGCCAUUUUGAAGACGAAUCCAGCAGCAGCCAAAGCGGUGGAGCAGAACUUAAUAUAUGCGCACCCAACAAUCGUCAGCCUAGCUGCGGCCAUAUCUAGUCUGAUUUCGGCCGGGUCAGUGACUGCUGCGGAUCCCAAGGCCGAGAUCGAAGCCAUGAUACAGAAGUACUCCGUGGGACUGGAUCGUGGAUCUGUGCGGAAUGCGAAGAAGGCACCGGCGGAUGGAGACGUGGUAUUGAUCACUGGAUCGACGGGAGGCCUGGGCUCGCAUCUGCUUGCAGUCCUCGUCGGCGCAGCGUCGGUUCGACAGAUCUAUGCGUUCAAUCGCCACAGUCCUCGUGCUUCCUCAUCAGAGCGACAGAGGGAAGCUUUCCGCGAUCGUGGAUUCAACGAAGCCUUGCUUGCUUCUGAGAAGAUUGUGUAUCUGGAGGGCAGCACAUGGGAGGAGAACCUCGGAUUAGGCCGAGACAUCUACGAGCAGCUAUGCUGCAGUGUCAGUGUGAUCAUCCACAACGCGUGGACGCUGGACUUCAACAAGAGUCUCGUCUCAUUCGAGCCCCACAUCCGUGGGACGCGUAACUUGGUCGACCUCGCAAUCGGAUCCGGAAACGCGCGAUUCCUUUUCACAUCCUCAAUUGCUUCUGCAAAGAGCUGGGACCCCAAACUGGGACCAUUCCCUGAAGAGGUGCAGCUUGAUGCAAGUAUUGCUGUCGGGAACGGGUACGGAGAGGGCAAAUACGUCUCUGAGAGGAUAAUACACGCAUCGGGACUCGACGCGACGUCCUUCCGAAUCGGACAAGUGUGCGGAUCACAAUCGAAUGGAGCCUGGGCCACGACAGACUGGGUCCCGGCGCUCGUCAAAUCGAGUAUUGCUUUGCGAUGUCUGCCUUCCGAUCCAGACGGAACGAACGCCUGGAUCUCGCCCGAAGCCGUUGCGGAAAGUAUCGUGGAGUUAGCUCUGCGUGUGGAACCCCCUCCGUUUUCGAUCAAUCUCGUCCAUCCGCAUGCCGUUUCGUGGGAUUCAGUCAUGAACUGGAUCGCGCAAAUGCUGGAUCUGCCGCUUGUGUCGUUUGAAAACUGGGUGGCGGCUCUGGAAAAGAGCGCCAUUGGUGCCGGUGCUGCAGAGUUCGAGCGCAUUCCGGCGCUGAAGUUGAUUGACUUUUUCAAGUCAGCCGAGACAGCUGGACAGUUCUCGACCACAAAGGCUCAAUGCCUGGACUCAAUGCGUAAUUUGCCGCAGAUCUCACCAGAAGAAGCGAAGAAAUGGCUUAGCUACUGGCGCGGAAAGGGCUAUCUCCCCGCCGAAUGACCGCAGCGGACAAACAUAGAUCAGAACGGCAUGUACACAUUGAAGCGAGACUGACAGUGAACUCGAAUCACGAGCUGAUAGUGUGAAUUCUUGUUGAAGAAUAAUUGAUAAUAGAGGAUAUUGCAAUCAUGCUCAACAUUCGGUCGAGACAUCACAUCGGAGGAAGCGCUCCGCCGCCCGCCUAGCUCCAUCCACAGAGCAUGGCUCUUGCAGAUUGUGUGCAGGAGUCCCAAGGCUGGGGGCUUAAGUCCCCCUAGUGGGCUAUGAAGGCGCCAACCAUGGCUUUUGCAUUAUCUUCAUUCGAUGCUCACAAAGCGGAGAGUUUGCACGUGACCCACUCCCGAUGAGUGUGACGCGACGGCUGUCAGCGUGACGUGCCUUUCCGAUGCCUCUUGUUGUCAAAUGCCUUAUGUCCUCUGUAUCGCUUGCGCACACACCUUCCCAUCCCUCAGUGAUUCAGACGUAGAACAUGGGGCAUGUGAUAAGCCGUGUGCGGCGAAGUCUCGAAGUAAGUUGAACGCUAUUCAAAGAGUAAAGCGGGAAUGGGCAUGUCAUUUGCAUUUGACAUCCGGCAACUUGGUCCCUUUCCCGGGGCUCUCCUUCCUUGCUGAAAUGCCAGGAAGAGGAAGCGAGAUCUGUCUUGGACCCACUAGUUUGUCCCUGACUCCGACGCAUGCCGCUGACCCUUCCCACAUCUCGACUGAGUUGGGGAAGCGAUUAGUAAUUAUCAGCAAGUAUGGUAGAUACAAAUGCUCAUUCUGAUGGCCAGAUGCAAUAGAUUCUUC